CCCGCAAGCCGAAUCACUAAUUAUAUAUAGUCUCUUCCUCUAACCUAUUUCCUUAAUCUACCAGCAAUCAGCAUCACAUCAAGCCACUAACUACUCAAGAUAUACAAACUAUUUAAUAUUUCAAUGUCAGCCAAGCAGCCAGAUAUCACUUUUUACUUCCUCGAUGCAAGCCGAGCGAUCCGAAUCGCCUGGCUCUUGGAAGAGCUGGAUAUUCCGUACAAAUUGGUCACCUCGCCAAGAGCAGCCAAUGGUCUAGCGCCGCCAGAGUUCAAAGCCAAGAUUCCAACUCGCUCUGGAAGUAGUCCUGUUAUUCAGGAUGGAGAUCUGGUAAUCCAGGAAAGUGGUGCUAUCUUGGAGUAUCUCAUCGAGUCAUAUGACUCUGCGUCACGGCUGUUGCCUCGUGAAGCGCAUGCAAGAGCUCGCGUUCGGGAAUGGAUUCAAGCUUCUGAGGGUACUUUCAUGAUGAAUGCUGUUCCGAUUAUCAUUACCCGUAUGGGAAUGCCGAAAGAGGCUGCACAAUAUGUCCUGGGGCUGGAAGGUGCGAUUGCGCCAAGGGUGCAUGAGGCAAUGCAGUGGUUGGAAUCAGAACUUGAAUCAGGUCCUACUAACGGCCAAUUCAUUGUCGGGACAGAUCUUACUGCCGCAGAUAUCAUGAUGGGCUUUAGCAUCGAGUGCAUCUUUGCCAUGAAGCUGGGAACGAAAAGUCACGAAUGGCCACUGAUCAGUAAAUGGCUGGCCAAUAUGAAGGAAAGGAAGGCUUAUAAGAGAGCAGUUGAGAAGACAGGCUACUCAAUGUAGGUCCUUGGUGAUGAAACUCAUCGUGUGAUAUUUUAUUAGUCACUUUGCUUUACGCUUCAGCGCAAUCCGAGUUUAUGUUUAGGGCUAUUACUAUUUCUAUAUAUUGAGGGCUACUUGCACUAUAUAAUCUACAACCUUGACACGUUUUUAGUUAAACUCCUAAAUGUUCUCCGGUUUUCUUACUGGUCUGGGCACAAUAAUCAUCUCUCUC